AUGGUCAUUGUUGAAAAAGACUGCUCAGACCUUCUGGUUUCCAUUUUGCCUGUGAUCCGAGACUGUUUGUCUUGCACAGAUACUUUUUGAGAAACUAUGCAUGAGUAUUACAAGCAGAAAGACGGAGCUGAUUUUUCUAAAACAGGGGCUCCAUCUCUCAAGUUUUUGAAGCAGUUUUAUCUCAAAGGUGACAAGUCGCUGUCCAAAAGCAUGUUCGGUGCUGCUGCCACAAAUGCUAAACUCUGUAAAGCAAGCCCAGACAUUUUCUCAGAGUUCGACAUUGGAAACAACAUUGAUGAAAUUCCACAAGAGUUUGUAAAAGAAGAUGAGAAGACGAAGAAGUGAGAAGAGCGCAUGAACGAGACUGGUAGUCCACAGGUUCACGGUGACGCAAUCAGACUUGCGAACAAGACUGUCUUCGAUAAAGGCGGCUCUUCAAUGCUGAGGGGCACUGCUACUAAAACAGGUGAAGAAAGAAAAGAGCAUUUCUCUUCACCACGCCGAAUUCUCAGCAGCAAUCAUGAAGAUGAGAAAGAUGCUGGCGAAGAUGUAGUCACUCACAGCAGAAUCGUGCAGAGAGAGUCUGGUGAGCGCAAACUCAAAAGCUACUAUUACGGACUCAGAAACAAAGACCUCUACUACUACAAGAAAGAGUCAGAUGAAAAGUAUACAGGAAUGUAUGCCCUCUAAAAUGUCUUUGUGAGAGAAGAAGAUCCAGAACCAUACUACGGCGAGAACUAAGUCUGAAGCAAUCCAUCGGAUACUACAGCAUCACGGCCUAUUACGACAUUAAGAACACCAUCGGCAAAGGCAAGUUUGGAAGGGUAAAACUGGUCUUUCACAAGAAGACCGACAAGAAGCCCUCCUUCAAGAUUCUUAAGAAGAAAAAGAUGGAUUCAGAAAACUUCAAACUGUACAAGCGAAAAAUCAAAAUCUUAAAGAUUUGCAAGAAUCCCAACAUCAUCUGAUUGCUUGAUGUCUUUGAGAACUUAGAAUACAUUUACAUUGUGAUAGAGUAUUUGAGUGAUGGACCGCUUCUGCAGUACUUCAAAGACAGAAAGUGCAAGCUCAAGGAGCUUAGAGUCAGAGAAAUCACCCACCAGGUCGCAGCAAGCCUGUUUUAUCUCAAGAGUUUCGGAAUUGCUCACAGAGACAUGAAAACUGACAACAUCAUCAUGGCCACCGAUGAUGAUAGCAGCUAG